AUGCAGUCACCUCGUAGCUUAGUCUUAAUUGGUGCUUUACUUGGUCUUAUUCCAAUUGUUUUGGGCAUUGUGGCACUUGUUACCCCUAAAUGGAUCAAAAUAUUACAUAUAAAUUUCAGUCUUCUUGUAUGUGGUACUUCGAAUAUUUGUUUAAAAUCACCAAGAUCCAAUAUCACUAACGGUUUAGAAAUAGCUGGAGUUGCUGCAAUAGCGAUUGGUGUAAUUCUUUCGGUCAUUCUCGGCAUGUUUACUAAAAACCGAUGGAUUUAUCUGUUGCCACAAAUUUUUCUAAUUUCUGGACCAAUUCUAAUUCUCAUUGGCAUUCUUCUGUAUGCAAAAUACAUAAUUGAAAUAGAACGGCCGAAUUCCGUAAGCCUGGGCUAUAAUAAUGAGAAUUUACACUUAUCACGUCAUUCAUCUGAACUAAAACCUAUUCAAGUAGAUAAUACAAUUCAACAAGUCAAUCAACAACAACAAUUCAAUGAUAAAAUUAACAUAUUACCUCUCAUGAAAAUAUCUGGAGCACCAAUCGACAAUACAAAUGAAGAUCAAAAUUUAAGUUACCUAAAAAAACAGAAAAAACAUAAUAUUUUGAAUCAAAUAUCAAAUUUUCAAUCGAAAACACACAAUAUGCAUGUUAAUAAACCUAUGAUCAGUUCAUCAUCUUCAAUAUUAGCAAAUACAAAAGAUUACAAACAAAAGAAUAAAUUAGCCAUUGUUUCAACAAAAAGCGUUCGUCGGAAAAAGCAUGUUCGUAAAAAACAAAUCUGCAUGCAACCAUCAUGGAUCUAUCCUAAUGGAAAUUCAUCAAAAUAUAAUUAUCUUUUUAAUAAAUCUAUUAAACAAGCUUCAUUUUCACUUAAACCACUAAGAGAUCCAUGUGAAGUUUUAGAAUUAAAUACACAAUUUAAACAUAUUCAUUGUAAACCAUAUGAAUGUAUUUGUACUUCUCUUAUAUAUUUGUAUUUUUUAAAUUCAACUUAUGUUUUGAUAAUGUACAGACACAACGUAAUUUAA